AUGCGUCGCUUCUCCAUUCAAAAUCUGCGACAAUUUGGUUUCGGCAAGAAAAAAACAAUGGAAGGCGUCAUGUUAGAAGAAGCGAAAGAGUUGAUUAGCCGGACUAAAGAAAAUGCUCGACAAAAUGGUGGAGUUCUUACAGUCGACAUGUUUUUUAGUCUGAGCAUCAUUAACGCGUUAUGGGCAAUGGUGACAGGGACAAGAUUCAGUCAUGAUAACCCCAGACUUCUUCACGCCCUUAAACUUAACUCUGACCUGUUUAAGGCCACCACCUUUGUUGGCGAUAUUUCAAUGGCGUUUCCCAUUUUUCGUAAAAUCCUUCCUUGGAUAACUAACAAGGCCUUUCUUUACCGAAUUACACAUGAAAUUAAACUAUUUGCAAAAGAUAUUCAUGAUGAACAUAAACAGAGAAAAGAUUAUGCUCAAAACCCAGAAAGUUUUGUGGACAUAUUCUUAGCAAAAAUUGACGAAGAGAAGAAAUUGCCAGCUGAGGAGAGGAUUUUCACGGAGGACCAGUUUCAUUUCGUCAUUUCUGAACUGUUUCAAACAGGCUCGGAAACAGUGAAUGGGACGCUAUGCUACGCUCUGCUGUUCAUGAUUUUGAAUCCACUCGUACAGAAAAAAGUCAGGGAAGAAAUUGAUACAGUUGUUGGUUUCGAUAGGGAUGUAUCCCUGACAGAUAGACCAAGGAUGCUGUAUACACAAGCUGUAUUGCAUGAAGUUCUCCGGUUCGGUGUGAUUGUUCCACUCUAUCCGCCAAGAGCUUUCACAAAAGAUGUUGAAUACAAGGGAUUGUUUUUUAAAAAGGGCACCCCAAUUUUUCCCAACUAUUAUUCCUGUACGGUGAGCAAAUCUUUGUGGGGAGAUCCAGAAGUGUUCCGACCAGAGAGAUUUCUAAGUAGUGAUGGAAAGACUUUGAUAAAUACACAGAAACAGGCGCCGUUUGGGAUGGGCAAGAGGUUCUGCAUGGGAGAGACACUUGCAAUGCCAGCCUUAUUCAUGUACUUUACGAUGCUACUGAAAGAUUUAGAAUUUAGCCUGGUUCCAGGAGAACCAAAACCAAGGAUAGCACCGCAACCAUCCAUCUCAGCGACGCCAUGUCCAUUUAAAAUGGUUGUGAAUGCAAGAUGA